GGUUCUUGCUGCUGAUAGUUGAGACAUGACAAUGUGAUAACUCUCUUGGAAGAUAGAUGCCAGUACAUUAAAAAUGAGAACAGAACACGAGAGAUUCCAUAUGCUGUUUAUUGCUGCUGCCAGAUCUCAUACCAUGAUAGACAGCAUCAGGGAGCUGAACUGGAAUGAUUCUGUUUGUCUACCAACCAAAUGGUGCUGUGUCUAGCACAUCCCCUGAAUAAAUAGGCCUCAGCACAAAGCUAGACACAUCAUACCAUCAGUUUCCUUUCCUUCUCAUCUCUUGGAUUCAGCACAAAGAGGCAGAGCUAGCAACAGACAUGGCUUUCCACCAAAGAUCAAUUAGCUUGCCUUCUAGGCCUCUCUCCAAAGUUGAAGAUGAGUUGCACAGCAUAGAGGCAUGCAUCUCAUCACCCUCCACGACCAUCGAGGUGGUCUCUGAUGGUUUGAGGCGGCUUGGGGACAUCUACAGCUCCAUUGUGGAGAUCAUGUGCCUGCCUAGCAACCAAAUUUGCUCAUCCCAACAGAGGAGGUUGUUGGAUGGAGAAAUGGAAUGCUCCCUUCAGCUACUGGAUCUCUGCAACUCUAUGAGUGAGGUCUUCACCGAGUUGAAGGUCAUCAUCCAAGAUCUGCAAGUACAUCUCAGAAAAGGAGAUGGUGCAGUUGUUCAAGCCAAGAUCCAGUCAUUCAUCCGCUUGAUGAAGAACGCGAAGAAGCAUUCCAAGAAGACUGUGAAGAAGGUUGUCUCAGACAACGACUGCAGGAUAGUGAAGCUGAUGAGCGAGGCUAGAGAGAUCACUACCUCACUAUUCGAGUCAAUAUUGUACCUCUUGUCAAAGCAAAUUACAAUGCCAAAAUCAUCUCUCAUCCCCAAGGCAUUCCAGAAGAAAAACCUGGUGAUUUGCAAUGAGGAGCAGUUGCAGGCAUUAGAGUGCUGCAUCGGAGAUCUUGAGGCUGGAGCAGGACUUCUGUUCAGGAGAUUGAUCCAGACCAGGGUUACUCUCCUCAACAUUCUUAGCUCAUAGAUACUCCUCAAGAUCUGACACUCUUAAGACCCUGCGAUUGGCAUCCGUCUUUUAAAGGAUUUGCUGAUCCUUCCCAUUUGUAUAUGUUAUAGGCUUACUGUACAGCAAAGAAAAUACAUGAAAAGAGACAAAGUUUUGAUCCAA